AUGGCCGACAGACGAGGCGGCGGCGGUCAGCGCAAAGUUCUGCUCCCUCCCAUCAACUUCAUCUUCAAGCUCCUUCAGCAACACAGCACGGUUCAGAUCUGGCUCUACGAACAGCUGGGAAUCAGAAUUGAGGGCAAGAUCAGAGGCUUUGACGAGUUCAUGAAUCUAGUGAUCGACGAUGCCGUGGAGGUGAAGCAGCCAGGGAAGGGAGAGACUGAAGAGGACGUCAAGGAUCAGAGGAGAGAAGUUGGACAAAUACUGCUCAAGGGCGACAACGUGUGUCUGAUUCAGAGCUUGUCGUGA